UUUGCAGAACUAGCCAGACGCGCUAUAAAUUCACCCUACCCUUUAUGUCAACUGCAGAAACCUUGGAGACACCCAGAGCAGCAGUGUUCCUCCCGGCACAAAACAAGGUUCAGAACAAUGGAAGCUUUGAAUAAAGCAAACACAAGCUUUGCUCUUGACUUUUUCAAACAUGAGUGUCAGGAAGAUGGUGACAAGAAUAUUUUGUUCUCCCCUUUGAGUAUUUCAUCUGCCCUGGCUACUGUUUAUUUGGGAGCCAGAGGUAACACUGCAGAUCAGAUGGAAAAGGUACUUCACUUUAAUAAAGCUGAGGGAGCCAGAAACGUCACCACAACCAUAAAAAUGCAAGUCUACUCCAGAACAGAAGAGCGUCUAUCAAAUCAAUGUGCUUGGUUCCAGAAGACAGAAAUUGGCAAAUCGGAUAAUAUCCAUAGUGGGUUUAAAGCACUCAACUUUGAAAUCAACCAACCCACUAAAAAUUACCUGCUUAAAAGUGUCAACCAGUUAUAUGGAGAAAAAUCAUUGCCUUUCAGUAAGGAAUACUUACAAUUAGCCAAGAAAUAUUACAAUGCAGAGCCACAAUCAGUUGACUUUGUGGGAGCAGCAGAUGAAAUCAGAAAAGAGAUCAAUUCCAAGGUCGAACACCAGACUGAAGGUAAAAUCCAAAAUCUGCUGCCUCCUGGAUCCGUAGAUUCAUUCACCAGGCUAGUCCUGAUAAAUGCGCUCUACUUCAAAGGAAAGUGGGCAACAAAGUUCGAAGCUGAAGCUACCAGGCAAAGGCCUUUCAGAAUAAACACGCAUACAACUAAACCAGUGCCCAUGAUGUACCUGAGUGAUAAAUUUAACUGGACCUACGUAGAAUCAGUCCAGACUGAUGUUCUUGAGCUUCCAUACGUCAAUAAUGAUCUCAGCAUGUUUAUCCUGCUACCAAGUGACAUCACUGGCCUACAAAAGUUAGAAAGAGAAUUGACUUUUGAAAACCUGUCUGCAUGGACCAGCCCAGAACUAAUGGAGAAAAUGAAAAUGGAGGUUUAUCUGCCCAGGUUCACGUUAGAAGAGAAAUACGACCUCAAAUCUACUUUGAGCACGAUGGGGAUACAAGAUGCCUUCACUGAAGGUCAAGCUGAUUUCACAGGAAUGUCAGAGAAUGGUGAUCUGUUUUUGUCACAAGUUUUUCACAAAUGUUAUCUGGAAGUCAAUGAAGAAGGCACAGAGGCAGCAGCUGCCAGUUCAGCAGCACUGACAUCACGAAGUCUUGGUGCUACUGUUAUUUUUGUGGCAGAUCACCCUUUCCUCUUCUUUAUCAGGCACAACAAGACCAAGAGUAUCCUCUUCUUGGGAAGGUUCUCUUCCCCCUAGAAACUCAACCAUUGCUAAACAGGCUCUUGCAACAACAAUAAUGAACAAAAUAUGUACCAGGAAGAGCAUCUCAAUAGUCUGUGCACUUCUUAAUUUUCCUGUACUAUUGAUAAAUCUCUCAAUGUUAGAAGAGAGGGCAUAUUAAAAAUAACCUCAAAUUCACACCUCUGGGUCAUUUUCCUGGCCAAAGAACCCCAAAAUGGCAGCACUACACUAUAAGCACCAGACUGUGCACAGUACAACAUUGAUGCAUCUUUUCAGUGCUUUCUGAACCAGAACUGCCACGAUGCAGAACAGACUAAGUUGAUCUAAAACAGUAGGUUUGGUAGUUGCUUUGGUACAUAAGAAGAAAAGAAACAGGAAAAACUGCUUCCUGCAGAAUGCUGCUGUAUCUCCAUUGGUUUCAGCUCACUGAGCUGGUCAUCCCAGGAUUGCUACCUCACCCAUAUUCUUGUCAGUUUUAUACCAACUUUGCAGCCUGGCACAGCUGGUAAUGAAAUAAACGUGCAAAAUCC